CGGCACAGGCAACUUCUCUUGUUGGUCACACUGGUGUGCGUUUUUUGUCAAUCAUUUGCUGCUGAAAAUAAAUUAAAAACACAGGUAAAAUGGCCGCGCGCGGCGAUUUGAUUGCACAGUUCAUUGAGAUCACCGGAACCGACGAGAACGUGGCCAGGUUCUACCUGUCCAGCUGCGACUGGGACAUCGAGCACGCGCUGGGCAACUACUGGAGCACCCAGGCGGACCUGCCGGUUCCGGUGCCGACGGUGGGCCACGCGGACAACCCCAAACCAAAGCCGACAUCGAGCAGCGGAGCAAGUGCAUCGGCAUCCGCUGCUGGGGCCACCAAGAGUGCGGACUCAGCCGUCGCUACCUCGUCAGCUUCGGUGGACAUCGCCCCGGCAGCGACCAAGGCCAAGCCAAAAUUCGCAACGCUUAGCGACAUGUCGAAGGAGUCGUCUAGUGACGAUGACCAGCAGGCCUUCUAUGCCGGCGGCUCAGAUCGCUCCGGUCAGCAAGUGCUGGGCCCGCCCAAGCGCAAGAACUUCCGGGAGCAGCUCACCGACAUGAUGCGUUCUGCGCAGGAGCAAAACAUCGCAGAGGUGGGGCCAUCAACCAGCAGCGGCAGUGCCAGCGGAGGAUCUGGCGGUGCCGUCUGGGGCCAAGGCAUGCGGCUGGGCAUGACCGAUAAUGACCACACGGCUGUGGGCACCAAAAAACCGGCUGCGACCAUCGAAAACAAGCCGGUGGUGGUGCUAAAGCUCUGGAGCCAGGGCUUCUCCAUCGAUGGCGGUGAGCUUCGUCACUAUGACGAUCCGCAGAAUAAGGAAUUCCUAGAGACUGUCAUGCGCGGGGAAAUUCCGCAAGAGCUGCUGGAAAUGGGGCGCAUGGUCAAUGUGGAUGUGGAGGACCACCGCCACGAGGACUUCAAACGUCAGCCAGUUCCGCAGACUUUUAAGGGAUCGGGCCAGAAGCUGGGCAGUCCCGUGGCCAAUUUGGUCACGGAAGCGCCAACAGUUCCAGUGGCAUUGUCGCCCGGUGAGGCUGCAAACCAGGAGGCUAGUGCCCGUGAUGCCAUUAACUUAAAUUCCGAAGCACCGUCCACUACGCUGCAGAUUCGCCUAGCGGACGGUUCGCGUCUAGCUGCGCAGUUUAAUCUUUCGCACACCGUCUCCGACAUUCGUCGUUUCAUACAAACUGCACGCCCUCAGUACUCAACUAGUAAUUUCAUCCUGGUGUCCUCGUUCCCCACUCGCGAGCUGAGCGACGACAAUUCCACCAUCGAGAAGGCUGGCCUCAAGAACGCGGCACUCAUGCAGCGCCUCAAGUAACUAACUAUAAGUCAAGUACGCGUAUAUGUGCUCUCAGCGAUGGGGGGCAAAAACCUAUGAAAUAAAACUGGAUUUGGUGAAGUCGGGAAACCUAUUCGGGCCGAUCCGAUGCCUAUAAU